GGUCCAAUAUAAAUGAAAAGUGAACAAACAAACAAAAAGCCAGGAAUCUAGUCCCACUUGGUCAAAAUCUCUCUCUUUACUCCUUCUUUUCCUCAGAAUCAAUACUGAGCAGCCUCAAAGCAAAACAAGUCCUCUUUCACUGUUUACAGCUCUCAGUCUCUCACAUUCAGCCAGACACAUUCCUUUGUAUUGUGACGUCAUUCAGCAGACUGACUGAUCUUUCCUUUGACCCGACUCCAGGCUCGCAGGGGGCUUUUCUCAUACUAGAUCUCAGUCUUUUGCAGAGAUAAAUACACCGCUUACUUUUUCCUUUACUCUGCCUCAGGAAAAAGUUCUUUUUACAAAAUUUCUGGGUUUUCUAGCUUGCUGCGAUCUUUAGUUACUCAAUCGGGGGGAGAUGACUUCCCUUUUUAAUCUCCGCCUCCCACUGCCAAAUUCUUGUUCCAAAUUGAUUAAUUUCAACUUACUUCGUCCAGAUCAUAACUUUUUCAGGAAGAAUCCACCGCUUGCAGGUUGGAGGCUCGGAGCUUCGCUUCUUGGAGGUAACGAUGGUAUGCCUAAAAUGGCUCCCGCGACUGCCACUCGGCUGACUCUCAGGAGCUCUUGCGGGCUUCCCGGGCAGCUGAGGAGUCGCUUCUGGAGCUCUGCCAGGCAAAAUUUGCCCCCUGGACGCUCAACCAGGGGUAUUUACGGGGAUCCGCGUGCCCCCGCGGAUUUCCCCCCCCUCCGCGAUGCCAGAAACCUCGCAGCGUGAGGUUUCUGCGCCUCCAUUCCAGCGCGGCAGACCGGAAGUGCCGGUAGUCAGCCAUCCAAUUUGAAACCACACCAGAUCCUGCUUAGCUUCGCAAGCAUGCCAGCAGUUUUAUUGUUACACCACUAGGAGUUGCAAUAGUAAUAAAAUGUUGUGUUUUUCUGGUCCUCACUCAAACAUGGUGUCUGUGUGUGUGUGUGUGUGUGUGUGUGUGUGCAUCCUUCUCCUUGUGCUUUUGGUUAUUUGGGGGGAGGGGGAGGAGUAUGAAGGCCAGAAUCCUUCCCCUCCUCUGCUGAACGGAGGCAGGAGAGAGGCAGCAGAGGACAAAGCAGGAAAAGAAAGACCCUCCAAGUGUCACUAUCUUCUAGGGAUGUCCUUGAUUUAGAGAAUCCAUCUGGUUUCUAAUUUGAUCCCAGAAUGUCCCAGUUCUCCUUAGGAUGUCCCUAUUUUCAUUGAAGAAAUGUUGGAGGGUAUGGAGUUAUCCCACCCCUGGGCCCUCUGAAGGCAAUCCUGUAUAGGAAAGAUUUUUAAUGUUUUAUUAUGUUUUUUUAUAUAUGUUGGAAGCUGCCCAGAGUGGCUGGGGCAACAUAAUAAGAUGUGUGGUGUAUAAAUAGUAAAAUUAUCUUUAUGGAACGCAGAGUGGCAUCGUCCCAGCUUCCUGAAAUUUCCGGAAUUUUUAAGGAUGAGGAUUUAGAAACCAGUGACUGCACACCUGAUCACAAGGAGACUUAUUAGUAGAACAUUACUGGAUAGUGUAUAAAAUGCCAGAUAUAUUUCAAUGAAGCAGCUUUCUAAACAAAACCCACUGAUUGGAAAAGACACAGUAGGGUAUAGAAAAGUGAACGGUUGUUUGUUUUGCUUUCAAAAGAUUUUUUUUAAACCAUUGGAGUACUGUGUACACAAUUUCAGGGUAACAUUACACUUUAUUUCCACUUUUUCACAUGAGGCUCUAACUCACAACCCUGAUCAUUAAGUAUCUCACGCUCUACCUACUGAGCUACUACAGGCUUAGCUAUUUGUGUACAGGGGAUACAGAUUGUGGCCUUUGAAGACCCCUAGAGAAGGUUGCCAAAAGCUUGUUCCCUGCUUCUCCAGAGGUAGGAAUGGAACAGAUCUUAUAAGCUUAAUCAAUUUGCCCCGACAGUUAAGAGCAGAACCUCCAGGAUCAGAAGCAGCGGGCUGCAAAUACCAGGGCAGGGGAAGCAGCAGGGCAGUCUCGCCGCCUGCACGAUGCAUCCGCCUUGCAAGGGGGCGGGGCGCAUCCAGACAUGCAGCCUCCUAUGGCCCAACCCACAGCCAGCGAGCUCCGAAGCUCAGAGAGACAGGAAACGGGACCAUCCAGGGGGACUCGAAAGCGGCUGCACUUUCCUGUCCCCCCGCCGAGGAGAGCGGAGGAGCAGCGGGCAGUGGCCUGGCGAGUUUCCACGAGAGGAGGCGGAUUCCGGUGCAGGGACGGAGCGAGGAGUCAGAGCAGGGUAGUGUAAAAAUGGAAGAGCAGGGACCCAGGAGACCCAUUCGAAGGGAGAGCCUGGAAUCCAAAGGAAAAAGAUCUCCUGUUGGGACCAUCAGGGAUCUUCUGCCUCAGGAAGAUUUACAUCAAAUUAAGCAGGAGCCAGAGGAGGGGCAGCCGCAGCAGCACUGGGAUGCCCAAUGGCAGGAUUUCCUGAAGACGAUGCAACCCCCUCGUUCAAGGUGGGAAACCCCACAGACUCCCAGUCCUCCCCACUCCGGGGAUGGUGUCCUCCUGGCCUCCUUCAAGGGAGCUGCGUAUGACAGCCGGUGGCCCAGCGAGAGAGCAGGGGAGACAGACCAGACCCUGCUCCCAGACCCUGAGGGGCUUCUGGGAAAGGAAUCGUGGCCUGUGGAAGAUGUGGUUAUUAAGUCCCAAAAGUCUGAGCAGGAUCCCUUGGACAUAGAGAACAUCCAUCUCUCUGCAAAGGCUGAAGGAGAGAGUGAAGAAGAGGCCAGCUUUCUGGGUAAGGAAAAUGAUGGUCAGAAUGCAACGGAGCCACCUAUGAAUUUAUUGGGAAGACCAAAAAAACUAUUUAAAUGCAUGGAAUGUGGGGUGUACUUUAGGCACAGUGGAGAAAUGAGGAUACACCAACGAACUCACAUGGGGGAGAAACCAUUUAAAUGUAUUGAAUGUGGAAAGAGCUUCAGUCAAAAUGCAACACUUACAAUACAUCAACAAACUCACACAGGGGAGAAACCAUUUAAAUGUAUUGAAUGUGGAAAGAGCUUCAGUCAAAAUGCAACACUUAGAAUACAUCAACGAACUCACACAGGUGAGAAACCAUUUAAAUGUAUUGAAUGUGGAAAGAGCUUCAGAGACAGUGGGAAACUUAGAAUACAUCAACGAACUCACACAGGUGAGAAACCAUUUAAAUGUAUUGAAUGUGGAAAGAGCUUCAGUAGAAAUGGAGAACUAAGAAGACAUCAACAAACUCACACGGGGGAGAAACCAUUUAAAUGUAUUUAUUGUGGAAAGAGCUUCAUUCAAAAGGGAAACCUUAGAAUACAUCAACGAACUCACACGGGGGAGAAACCAUUUAAAUGUAUUGAAUGUGGAAAGAGCUUCAAUAGAAAUGCAGCACUUAGAAUACAUCAACGAACUCACACGGGGGAGAAACCAUUUAAAUGUAUUGAAUGUGGAAAUAGCUUCAAUACAAGUGGAUCACUUAGAAUACAUCAACAAACUCACACGGGGGAGAAACCAUUUAAAUGUAUUGAAUGUGGAAAGAGCUUCAAUAGAAAUGAAGCACUUAGAAUACAUCAACGAACUCACACGGGGGAGAAACCAUUUAAAUGUAUUGAAUGUGGAAAGAGCUUCAGUACAAGUGGGAAACUUAGAAUACAUCAACGAAUUCACACAGGUGAGAAACCAUUUAAAUGUAUUGAAUGUGGAAAGAGCUUCAGUGGAAGUGGAGAACUAAGAAGACAUCAAAAAACUCACACGGGGGAGAAACCAUUUAAAUGUAUUUAUUGUGGAAAGAGCUUCAUUCAAAAGGGAAACCUUAGAAUACAUCAACGAACUCACACGGGGGAGAAACCAUUUAAAUGUAUUGAAUGUGGAAAUAGCUUCAAUACAAGUGGAUCACUUAGAAUACAUCAACAAACUCACACGGGGGAGAAACCAUUUAAAUGUAUUGAAUGUGGAAAUAGCUUCAAUACAAGUGGAUCACUUAGAAUACAUCAACAAACUCACACGGGGGAGAAACCAUUUAAAUGUAUUGAAUGUGGAAAGAGCUUCAAUAGAAAUGAAGCACUUAGAAUACAUCAACGAACUCACACGGGGGAGAAACCAUUUAAAUGUAUUGAAUGUGGAAAGAGCUUCAGUACAAGUGGGAAACUUAGAAUACAUCAACGAAUUCACACAGGUGAGAAACCAUAUAAAUGUAUUGAAUGUGGAAACAGCUUCAGUACAAGUGGAUCACUUAGAAUACAUCAACAAACUCACACGGGGGAGAAACCAUUUAAAUGUAUUGAAUGUGGAAACAGCUUCAAUAGAAAUGAAGCACUUAGAAUACAUCAACGAACUCAUACGGGGGAGAAACCAUUUAAAUGUAUUGAAUGUGGAAAGAGCUUCAGUCAAAGUGGAAUACUUAGAACACACCAACGAAUUCACACAGGUGAGAAACCAUUUAAAUGUAUUGAAUGUGGAAACAGCUUCAGCACAAGUGGAUCACUUAGAAUACACCAACGAACUCACACAGGGGAGAAACCAUUUAAAUGUAUUGAAUGUGGAAAGCGCUUCAGUAGAAGUGACGACCUUAGAAUACAUCAACGAACUCACACAGGUGAGAAACCAUUUAAAUGUAUUGAAUGUGGAAAGAGCUUCAGUAGAAAUGGAGACCUUAGAAUACAUCAACAAACUCACACGGGGGAGAAACCAUUUAAAUGUAUUUAUUGUGGAAAGAGCUUCAUUCAAAAGGGAAACCUUAUAAUACAUCAACGAACUCACACGGGGGAGAAACCAUUUAAAUGUAUUGAAUGUGGAAAGAGCUUCAAUAGAAAUGAAGCACUUAGAAUACAUCAACGAACUCACACGGGGGAGAAACCAUUUAAAUGUAUUGAAUGUGGAAAGAGCUUCAAUAGAAAUGACGCACUUAGAAUACAUCAACAAACUCACACGGGGGAUAAACCAUUUAAUUGUAUUGAAUGUGGAAAGAGCUUCAGUACAAGUGGGAAACUUAGAAUACAUCAACGAAUUCACACAGGUGAGAAACCAUUUAAAUGUAUUGAAUGUGGAAACAGCUUCAGUACAAGUGGAUCAUUUAGAAUACACCUGCGAACUCACACAGGGGAGAAACCAUUUCAAUGUAUGGAGUGUGGAAAGAGCUUCAGCAAUAGUGGGGAACUUAGAAGACAUCAACGAACUCACACGGGGGAGAAACCAUUUAAAUGUAUUGAAUGUGGAAAGCGCUUCAGUAGAAGUGAAGACCUUAGAAGACAUCAACGAACUCACACAGGGGAGAAACCAUUUAAAUGUAUUGAAUGUGGAAACAGCUUCAGUACAAGUGGAUCACUUAGAAUACACCAACGAACUCACACAGGGGAGAAACCAUUUAAAUGUAUUGAAUGUGGAAAGCGCUUCAGUAGAAGUGAAGACCUUAGAAUACAUCAACGAAUUCACACGGGUGAGAAACCAUUUAAAUGUAUUGAAUGUGGAAACAGCUUCAGUAGAACUGGAUCACUUAGAAUACACCAGCGAACUCACACAGGGGAGAAACCAUUUAAAUGUAUUGAAUGUGGAAAGGGCUUCAUUAGAAGUGGAUCACUUAGAAUACAUCAACGAACUCACAUGGGGGAGAAACCAUUGAAAUGUAUUUAAUGUGGGAAGAGCUUCAGUCAAAGUGGACAUCUUAAGAAACAUCAGCUAACUCACACGGGGGAGAAACCAUUUAAAUGUAUUGAAUGUGGAAAGAGCUUCAGUCAAAGUGGAGACCUUAAAAUACAUCAACGAACUCACACAGGGGAGAAACCAUUUAAAUGUAUUGAAUGUGGAAAGAGCUUCAGUAGAAAUGGAGACCUUAGAAUACAUGAACAAACUCACACGGGGGAGAAACCAUUUAAAUGUAUUGAAUGUGGGGUGUGCUUUAGUCACAGUGGAAGACUGGGGAUACACCAACGAACUCACACGGGGGAGAAACCAUUUAGAUGUAUGGAGUGUGGAAAGAGCUUCAGUCAAAGUGGAGCAAUAAGAAGACAUCAACGAACUCACACGGGGGAUAAACCAAUUAAAUGUAUUGAAUGUGGAAACAGCUUCAGUAGAAAUGGAGACCUUAGAGUUCAUCAAUGAACUCACACAGGGGAGAAACCAUUUGAAUGUAUUGCAUGUGGAAAGAGCUUCAGCAAUAGUGGGGAACUUAGAACACAUCAACGAACUCACACAGGGGAGAAACCAUUUAAAUGUAUUGAAUGUGGAAAGUGCUUCAGUCAAAAUGGAAACCUUAGGAAACAUCAGCUAACUCACAUAGGGGGAAUACCACAGGUACUCUAAUAAACUUUAAUAAAGCAAAAUUUCAAAAAUUUCAUUCUCACAUAUUCCAUUGUAUAUUUUUGUAGUUUCCCGGUGGGAGAGGAAAAAUAUCAGCACCCCGGUGGGAGAGGGGAUGAAGCAAACAGGUGGGGUGCAGAAAAAGGAUGACAAUGAGCAAAGAUAUAAAGUGAUAGGAUUACAGAAGAGGAGGGCAAGAGUUCGGCAAAAGUUGGAACGGGACAGACUAGGGGUGGGUUGAGGGGUUUUGGAUUAUUUGGUAUUGUUUGAUAUAAUAUGGUCUGACCUCGGAAUGUAUUAAGGAUUGUAUUAAGAACCUGGCUGAUGCAUCUGGAGACAUCGAUUUCAGGGAAAUGGGGGUGGGAACCUUGUUGCGAGGGUGGAAACAAAUGGGUAAAAUAUUUGGAUGUUGAUCUAGUAUAUUUUUGGGUAAGGGAUAGAGAUUAGUGGUUAGAUUAUAGCAAUCUUGGAGAGAGGAUGUUAGUAAAAAAGAAGUUAAAGUAUAAAAAGAAUGGUUAAUAGCAAUGAAGAAGUUGAAAUUUAGAAAAAAGAAUGUGAAGAAAGAUUUGGAAACUGCGAGAAUUAUUUUAAUAAUAAGAACUCAAGAAGGGGAAGUGAGGAAGUCAGAAGGGAUUAGUUUAGAAGUUUUUGAAUGAUGUUAAUGUAUUUUUUCAUUUUUCUUUUUAAUUGUGGUAUUUAUUAUUAUUAUUUUUGUUGUUGUUUAGUCGUUUAGUCGUGUCCGACUCUUCGUGACCCCAUGGACCAUAGCACGCCAGGCACUCCUGUCUUGCACUGCCUCCCGCAGUUUGGUCAAACUCAUGUUCGUAGCUUCGAGAACACUGUCCAACCAUCUUGUCCUCUGUCGUCCCCUUCUCCUAGUGCCCUCAAUCUUUCCCAACAUCAGGGUCUUUUCCAAGGAUUCUUCUCUUCUCAUGAGGUGGCCAAAGUAUUGGAGCCUCAGCUUCACGAUCUGUCCUUCCAGGGAGCACUCAGGACUGAUUUCCUUAAGAAUGGAUAGGUUUGAUCUUCUUGCAGUCCAUGGGACUCUCAAGAGUCUCCUCCAGCACCACAAUUCAAAAGCAUCAAUUCUUCGGCGAUCAGCCUUCUUUAUGGUCCAGCUCUCACUUCCAUACAUCACUACUGGGAAAACCAUAGCUUUAACUAUACGGACCUUUGUAGGCAAGGUGAUGUCUCUGCUUUUUAAGAUGCUGUCUAGGUUUGUCAUUGCUUUUCUCCCAAGAAGCAGGCGUCUUUUAAUUUCGUGACUGCUGUCACCAUCUGCAGUG